AUGAGUUCUACAAAAUAUUCUAUUACAAAUACAACUAAACGUACCCCGUCGAGACCCCAACAAAAUUUUUUUACUACUCCCAUUGUUCCUUCAUUCUUAAGCUCGGCACCAAAUUGCACACUGAUCUUGGAAUCGUUGAAUGAUCUUUUUGGCACAAAACGUCUUUUAUUGGUUGAAGGUUCACCAAUCAAAAUUGGCAGAGCAAUAAACAAGCUAACAAACCCGACUGAGACAAAUGGUUACUAUGAUAGCAAAGUUCUUUCGAGGGUUCAUGCUGAGAUUUGGCUUGAGAACGGGAAGAUUUAUAUUAAAGACAUGAAGUCGAGCAAUGGAACAUUCGUUAACGGACAACGUAUCAACUAUAUUGUAAAUGAAGAUGAAAAAGUAGAGUUAAAACCAAGUGAUAUUGUGGAGUUUGGUAUCGAUAUCUUCAAUGAUCAAGAUAAAAAAUUAUUGUUCCGUAAGGUGACUGCGUCAGUUAAUUUUUCAAAACAGAAUACCAAAAAUUCAAGUACAAAGCCCAAGUUUAAUAAUGGUUCGGCCAAAGAUGAAGACACGAAUGAAAUAACAAAAUUCAAUUUUACUUUAAACCCGAAAGUCUCGAUUUAUGACUUUCUUGAGAAAGAAUUACUAAACUGUCAAGAAGAAUCUCGGCAAUUAAAUGAAAUGAGUACGACACUAAAUGAUAUCACAAACCUCUUUGAUAAUACGGAUAAGGUGUUAACUACUAAGACUACCAAUGGUCUAUCUAAACGUGAGUCGUGUCCCGAAAAAGGUAAACUUGAAAAAUCAUUGGACAAUGUUGCGCAUAAGGAAAACAGAGAAAAUAGCCGAGAGAAUAUGGGUGAUCCAUAUGCAACUAAUCUAAAUGGAAAAGGUUCAUACAUAAGUUCAAUCUCCAAUUUUUCUGAAGAUUUGAUUCGUACUAAAUACGAUAAUAAAAGGACAAUAAAGCCACAAAAUGAUGAAUUUGGUCGUUUAAACGAAGAAAUUAAACGUUCCAGCGAAAAAAUUGAAAAUCAAGCUCACUCUAUUGUUUUAAAAGAUUGUGAGAUAAAAAGUCUUCAAGCAGAUAAUAAGCGUCUAACUAAUGAAAUUUCCAGAAUUCGCCAAGACUUGGAAAAAUCUAAUGCUAACUACAAUAAGUAUCGUGAGCUUGUCGAGAAAGAACAGUCAAAACAUAAAACUGAUACUGAAACGUUAAUUUUCUCGCUUCAAAAUGAAUUAAAGCAUUCACAAAAGACUAGCUCUACAAUGAAAUCUCAAUUAGAGGAUUCUCGUGCUCUUAAUGAACUUUUGAAAAAGAAUUAUGAAUCUCUAAUGGAAGAAAAUAAAAAAUUGCGUGAAAACCUUCGUAGAGCUAAAUUAGAAAGAGAGACUCAGUUGGAUUUUGUGAAAAAGUUGGGUCAUGAGAUUGCAAUGAAUUCUGGUUUGGAAAAUGAUUUAUCAAAAUCAUCAUUACCUCAAGUGACUCGAAAUGGACAUUCAAAACAAAUUUCGGAGCCAAUUAAAGACUCUGAAUGGACGGGUGACAGUGAUGGAGAUGACGAAUCUCCGAUAAUUAACAUUAAUUUAGAUAAUGUAUUUAAUAAGAACAAAGUUGUGAAGAAUGGCGUAAUAAUAGAUAAUAAUACUAAAAGUAGUUGUAUAGAUGCCUUUAAU